AUGCGAUUAUAUCCUUUACAAACUGGAUAUUUACUUUUAAGUUAUUUUAAUGCUACAAAUAUUAAUGAUUUCUCUACAUAUGAAGAAUGGAUAAUGCUCAUUGAUUGGAAUGGAAACAUACUUAGUAAAGCGUUUUUUGGAUACGCUUUCACAAAUCCCGUGACCGGUGCAUGGAACCCAGACCAAUCCAGUUUAAAAGUUAAUAUCGAUCCAAACAAAGGAUUUAUGCGACUUUCUGCCAUAAGAAAUACCACUAAUAUGGCAUGGGCACAAUAUUUCAU